AUGAAAACGAUAGCUUUCUUGUGUUUAUCAAGCUGCAUUGCUUUAAUCGUGCAAGCAAAAAUCACUGGAGAACUUGCAAGAGAUGACAACUGGGAAUUUCUUCUGCUGGCACAGUUUUGGCCAGGCUCAUCCUGUGUCUAUUUUAGAGAUCAGGGAUGUGCCAUCUCCCCUGAUGUUAAAGGUUGGACAAUUCAUGGUCUCUGGCCCUCAAGAGAGGGUUCUCAGCAGCCUGAGUUCUGCAACAAAAGCAUGCCUUUCAAUUACACGGAAAUUGAGGUCUUACAGGAACAGUUAGAUAGUUACUGGCCCUACUACAACAAAUCUGGUGCUCGUACAGAAUUAUGGGAACAUGAAUGGAACAAGCAUGGAACAUGUGCAUAUGUCCUCCCAGCCAUCAGCGGUGAACUGAAGUAUUUCAGCACAACCUUAAAGCUCUACCAUACACUGAAUAUUUAUGACACACUCAGUGGGGCCGGCAUUGUUCCUACUGGUGACAAACUUUAUCAUUUGAGCGAUGUCUUUACUGCUGUGAAAGGUGCAUACGGCACAAUUCCCCAAAUCGAGUGCUACUAUGCAGAAGGUAAACACUACUUAGACCAAGUUUGGCUGUGCUAUGACAAGACAUUAAGUCUACAAGACUGUCCGAAACCCAGCCAUUCCACCUACAGACAUCUCAGAAGCCAGGAUAAUUAUGUCCAGAAGACAGAGUUAAAUAUCUAUUUUGAAAGCGAGAAGCCUUCACAAGAAGGUACUGUCCAGGUCAGCAAAUCACACAGCUAUUUCGUGGACUGUCCUAAGAAUGAAAUGGUCUAUUACAUUCCUGUACCCCAGAAUUAG